AUGACGGGUUGGAAAGCGCGUACCACGUGCUCAAACUCCGGUAGCACCAACAUCCACUGCUCCAACAACAGUAUCAGCAAAAUCCACUGCGCCAACAACAGUAGAACCAACAUCAACUGUGCCAACAACAGAAGCAGCAAUAUCCACUGCACCAACAACAGUAGCACCAACAUCUUCUGUGCAAAUAACAACACCAGAACCAACAUCUACUGCCCCAUCAACAACAGCACAACCAACAUCUACAGUGGUAACAACAGCACAACCAAUAUCUACAGUGGAAACAACAGCAGCACAAACAUCAACUGCUCCAACAACAACAGCAGAACUGACAUCCACUGUGGCAACAACAGUAGCACAAAUUUCUACUGUGCCAACAUCAACAGCAAAACCAACAUCUACUGCACCAACUACAGUUGCUCCAACAUCUACUAUGCCAACAACAACAGUAGUACCAACAUCUACUGCCCCAAAAACAGUAGCACCAACAUCUACUGCCCCAACAACUGUAGCACCAACAUCUACUGCUACAACUACAGUUGCUCCAACAUCUACAAUACCAACAACAACAGUAGUACCAACAUCUGCUGCCCCAACAACAGUAGCACCAACAUCGACUGCCCCAACAAUAGUAGCAACAACAUCUACUGCCCCAACAAAAGUAGCACAAACAUCUACUGCCCCAACAACACACAACCAACAUCUACAGUGGCAACAACAGCACAACCAACAUCUACUGCCCCAACAACAGUAGCACCAAUAUCUACUGCCGCAACAACAGUAGCACCAACAUCAACUGCUCCGACAACAGUAGCAACAACAACAGUACACCAACAUCCACUGCACCAACAACAGAAGCACCAACAUCCACUGCACCAACAACAGAAGCACCAACAUCCACUGCGCCAACAACAACAUAGCACCAACAUCCACUGCUCCAACAACUCUAGCACCAAAAUCUACUGCUACAACAAUAGUAGCACAAACAUCUACUGCCCCAACAACAGUAGCACCAACAUCUACUGCGCCAACUACAGUUGCUCCAACAUCUACUAUGCCAACAACAACAGUAGCACCAACAUCUACAGUGGUAACAACAGCACAACCAAUAUCUACAGUAGAAACAACAGCAGCACAAACAUCAACUGCUCCAACAACAACAGCAGAACUGACAUCCACUGUGGCAACAACACACAGCCAACAUCUACUGCCCCAACAACUGUAGCACCAACAUCUACUGCGCCAACUACAGUUGCUCCAACAUCUACUAUGCCAACAACAACAUCUGCUCCAACAACAGUAGCACCAACAUCCACUGCGCCAACAACAGAAGCACCAACAUCCACUGCGCCAACAACAGAAGCACCAACAUCCACUGCGCCAAUAACAGUAGCAACAAUAUCCACUUUGCCAAAAACAGUAACACAAACAUCUACUGUGCCAACAACAACAGCACAACCAACAUCUACAGUGGCAACAACAGCACAACCAACAUCUACUGCCCCAACAACAGUAGCACCAAUAUCUACUGCCGCAACAACAGUAGCACCAACAUCAACUGCUCCGACAACAGUAGCAACAACAACAGUAGCACCAACAUCUACAACACCAACAACAGUAGCACCAACAUCCACAGCUCCAACAUCUCUAGCACCAAAAUCUACUGCUACAACAAUAGCAACACAAACAUCCACUGCUCCAACAACACACCAACAUCCACUGCACCAACAACAGAAGCACCAACAUCCACUGCACCAACAACAGAAGCACCAACAUCCACUGCGCCAACAACAACAUAGCACCAACAUCCACUGCUCCAACAACUCUAGCACCAAAAUCUACUGCUACAACAAUAGUAGCACAAACAUCUACUGCCCCAACAACAGUAGCACCAACAUCUACUGCGCCAACUACAGUUGCUCCAACAUCUACUAUGCCAACAACAACAGUAGCACCAACAUCUACAGUGGUAACAACAGCACAACCAAUAUCUACAGUAGAAACAACAGCAGCACAAACAUCAACUGCUCCAACAACAACAGCAGAACUGACAUCCACUGUGGCAACAACAGUAAUACAAACUUCUACUGUGUCAACAUCAACAGCACAACCAACAUCUACUGCACCAAAUACAGUUGCUCCAACAUCUACUAUGCCAACAACAACAGCACAGCCAACAUCUACUGCCCCAACAACUGUAGCACCAACAUCUACUGCGCCAACUACAGUUGCUCCAACAUCUACUAUGCCAACAACAACAUUGCUCCAACAUCUACUAUGCCAACAACAACAGCACAACCAACAUCUACAGCCUCAACAACAGGAGCACAAAUAUCAACUGCUCCAAUAACAGUAGCAACAACAUCACAACCAACAUCUACAGUGGCAACAACAGCACACACAACCAACAUCUACUGCGCCAACUACAGUUGCUCCAACAUCUACUAUGCCAACAACAACAGCACAACCAACAUCUACAGCCUCAACAACAGGAGCACAAAAAACAACUGCUCCAAUAACAGUAGCAACAACAUCACAACCAACAUCUACAGAGGCAACAACAGCACAGCCAACAUCUAUUGCCCCAACAACUGUAGCACCAACAUCUACUGCGCCAACUACAGUUGCUCCAACAUCUACUAUGCCAACAACAACAGUAGCACCAACAUCUACAGUGGUAACAACAGCACAACCAAUAUCUACAGUAGAAACAACAGCAGCACAAACAUCAACUGCUCCAACAACAACAGCAGAACUGACAUCCACUGUGGCAACAACAGUAAUACAAACUUCUACUGUGCCAACAUCAACAGCACAACCAACAUCUACUGCACCAAAUACAGUUGCUCCAACAUCUACUAUGCCAACAACAACAGUAGCACCAACAUUUACGGCCCCAACAACUGUAGCACCAACAUCUACUGCUCCAACAACAGUAGCACCAACAUCCUCUGCUCCAACAACAGCAGCACCAACAUCCACUGCUCCAACAACAGAAGCACCAAAAUCCACUGUGCCAACAACAACAUCACAACCAACAUCUACAGUGGCAACAACAGCACAAACAAUAUCUACUGCCCCAACAACAGUAGCGCCAAUAUCUACUGCCGCAACAACAGUAGCACCAACAUCAACUGCUCCGACAACAGUAGCAACAACAACACACCAACAUCUACUGCUCCAACAACAGUAGCACCAACAUCCUCUGCUCCAACAACAAUAGCACCAACAUCCACUGCACCAACAACUGAAGCACCAACAUCCACUGCACCAACAACAGAAGCACCAACAUCCACUGCACCAAUAACAGUAGCACCAAUAUCCACUUUGCCAAAAACAGUAACACAAACAUCUUCUGUCACAACCAACAUCUACUGCGCCAACUACAGUUGCUCCAACAUCUACUAUGCCAACAACAACAGCACAACCAACAUCUACAGCCUCAACAACAGGAGCACAAAAAUCAACUGCUCCAAUAACAGUAGCAACAACAUCACAACCAACAUCUACAGUGGCAACAACAGCACAGCCAACAUCUAUUGCCCCAACAACUGUAGCACCAACAUCUACUGCGCCAACUACAGUUGCUCCAACAUCUACUAUGCCAACAACAACAGUAGCACCAACAUCUACAGUGGUAACAACAGCACAACCAAUAUCUACAGUAGAAAAAACAGCAGCACAAACAUCAACUGCUCCAACAACAACAGCAGAACUGACAUCCACUGUGGCAACAACAGUAAUACAAACUUCUACUGUGCCAACAUCAACAGCACAACCAACAUCUACUGCACCAACUACAGUUGCUCCAACAUCUACUAUGCCAACAACAACAGCACAGCCAACAUCUACUGCCCCAACAACUGUAGCACCAACAUCUACUGCAACAACUACAGUUGCUCCAACAUCUACUAUGCCAACAACAACAGUAGCACCAACAUCUACUGCCCCAACUACAGUAGCACCAACAUCUACUGCCCCAACAUUAGCAGCACAAACAUCUACUGCCCCAAAAACAGUAGCACCAACAUCUACUGA